AUGGGUAGUACUCCCCCAUCAAAAAGUCGAUCGCCGACAACACCGUUGCCGCAGCUGAUGCUUCCAAAAGGAUGCCGACUACUGUGCGAGAAUGUCUUCGAAGAAGAUUGCUUUUCGGACAAUGAUAAUAAGGAUUUUCAGAUGCGUCGGGAGCCCACUAUGGUUUGUCGUGGGAGUAAGCUGUUGGCACCUCUGUUAGAGAAGGAAAAACGCUACACGGUUGUGUUCGAUCUUGACGAAACCGUCGUGUAUGCCAGGGACGGCCCACUCUACGCGAGAGCCUACCUAAGAGAUCUGCUCCGUGCGAUUAAAGACCACUUCGAGGUCAUCGUAUGGACUGCAGGGGAACGCGAGUACGCAAAAAACGUCCUAGCCGAGAUCAACGAAGACUACAUCAUACGUCACCUCGUCUACCGCCACAAAAAGUGGUUUCACGGUGACGACUACACCAAAGACCUUCGCCAGCUUGGACGUGACUUGGACUACACCAUUAUGAUCGAGAACACACCCGACUGCGUCCGGGCGAACCCUGAGAAUUGCAUCAUCGUGGCCGAUUUUGAGGUCCCAUCCGCUUUCGAGGAUGUGAGCGAAAAGAACCCUGAAACGAUGGAGGAUGCGGUGGUGCCCAUGUCGGAGUCAUUCCCAAGCUACGGCAGCCAGCCUCAGAGGACCUCAACGCCCCCCCUAGACUCCAACGACUCCUCUUGCUCUUCCCUUCUCCCCCUCCCCUUUCAGCACCCAACCAAGGGUGUGGAGAAUGAGCAGAGUCCGAGGGGUGGGGUAGAAGGGUCAAGCGAAAGUCCCAAAAUCACGCCCAGAUCUACCCCAAAGCCCCCUCGUGCUACGACGGACCGCACCCUAUACUUGUUGAGGGAGGUGCUCUUGGAGAUGGUGAAGAGCGGCCAAACCGUCCCGGAGUUUCUCGCGCGCUGUGAGUUGCUGUCGAAGCAAGUCGUCCUAGGUAGCAAUGGCGAGUCGAUUCCGAUCCACUACCUCGGCACUCGCCGUCGACGCAAAGACGCGGGUUGUCCCAAAAAAGUUCUGAUGGAGAAUCGCGAUAAGACCACGAUCAAGCGAUCUAAACGUCAAGAAACCACGCCUACCAAUGAUCCCAAAAGGUUACGAACCUAUUCUCGAAAAGGAUGUUUUCAUUAG